AUGGCCACGAAAUGGAGGGAUUUCAGCGCAAAUGUCCACAAGCUGGAGAUAUUCGAAGGCAUUCUGCAAGAGCAAGAUCGAAUGUUGCGAAUUGGCAUCGAAGAAAACUACAUUGCCUGCCGAUUGCUGGAGCAAGAAGCUGAGGACAAGAAGCAGAAGCGUGAAGAUGUUGGUACAAAGCUUGCAAAUAUCGAGAAGAAGAAGGCAGCCUUGAUGCGAGGAGAAUCUGUCAAUGUCGACGAGGACGAUCCGCUUCUGGGACUGGAGACCAAGAGAAGGAGCAUUUCGCGUACGAUUGACAACGAGGCUGGAAAUGAGUCUGCGAGCCAGGAAGACGAUGCCACACAGUCCGAGAAGGAAGCCUCCGUGUUCAGCAAUCCAGAUGACGAAGACUUUGAUGCGAGCUGCAGCGACAAUGACGGCGCUCGUAGAAAGCACGCCCGUCGCGACAGUCACACUGCCGCACUCCAAAACGUCCAUAAGAAGUUCCCUACAGUGCUUCUUAUCGACGACGUCUGGGUCGAGGUGUCCUGCGCAGAGUGCGGGAUCAACGCAUCUUCACGCAACGGCUUCUUCAAGGCGAUUUCUGGGUUCCGUUACCAUCACAACAGGAAGCAUACAGGUGUUGCUUACGAAGGGCUUGGCUUUUGCAAGAGACGUGUGGUCAGCGAGGCUGAUGUGCAGAACAUGAAGAGCGGCCGUGAGCCUGACGAGGUACCCAUUGCGCGCAAGACCGCGCCGAAGAGGAUCGGGCACUAG